GCGAGCGGUUAAAUCCCCCCUUCCGGGCGGCGCCUCACUCCCGCCCCGGCGAGCACCAUGCCUAGCUGCCGCCUCGGUCUGCUCGUCGCUGCCCUCCUCCUUGGCCUGCUGCUGGGCCUCCCCCCGGUCACAGGCACAGGAGCAGAGAAAUCAGGCGUGUGCCCCGCGCUGGAGGUGGACCUGAAUUGCACGCAGGAGUGCCUCUCGGAUGGGGAAUGCGCGGACAAUCUCAAGUGCUGCCGGGCCGGCUGCGCCACCGUCUGCCAGAUGCCCAAUGAAAAGAAGGGUUCCUGCCCUCAGGUGGACAUCGCCUUCCCCCAGCUUGGCCUCUGCCUGGACCAGUGCCAGGUGGACAGCCAGUGUCCUGGUCUGUUGAAAUGCUGCCACAAUGGUUGCGGGAAAGUGUCCUGUGUCACACCUGUCUUCUGAGGUAGGUGGCCUGGGGGGAGGGGUGCAUUGAUGCCCAGAUGUGAUGACACCUGCAGGCUGAAAAGGAGAACCUGAGCUAACACACUGCUGUUCCCUUCUCUGUCCUUUGGUUUACUUUCAUCCACUCAGCAGAUUCACUGAGCGUCCAUCACGUGCCAAGCACUGCUCUAGGUGCUGGAGAUGCUCCAUGUGUGAACAAAUAGGACACAGAUUUCUCUCUGAUGGUUUUAUACGCUAGUGAAUGAUAAACAAAAUAAAUAUGCAAGUAUACUCUGUGAAAUGUUAGCGGGAAAUAAGUGGCCUGGAGAAAAAGAAAACAGAGUGAGGAUAAGGAGUGGGGAUGGCGGGCGGCAGGGAGCAGUACUGCAGUUUUUUCAUGGGACCUCCCAGAAGGCAGCAUAUGAACAGACUUGAUGGAAAUGAUGGAGGGGGCCGCGAGCAUAUCAGGGAGAAUGUUACAGGCCGAGGGGGCAGCAGGUGUAAUGCAGUAGCCUCCCUGGUGAGUUUCAGGAAAAGCCAGAAGGCUGGAGCCUGGUGAUCAAGGAGAGGGCAAUAGAGGAGAGGGUCCGAGAGGUAGGCGGUCAGCGGAGGGACCUGAUAGACCAUGUAAGGACUUUGGUCUUGACCCAUGGUCUUGACCCAGAGAUGUCGGGCCCUUGGGGAUGGACACGCUCUGACUUAGAUUUGCAAAGAUUGCUGAGGGUGCUGUGUGGAGGCCCUACUGGGCAGUGGCAGAAGCAGGGAGACCAGCGAGGAGGAUCCUGCAAGAGGCCAGGUGGGAGAUGAUGGACCAGGUGACGUUAAGUGCCUGCGUUUGGGACCUAUGUGAAGGUGGAUGGGACAAUAUUUGCUGAUGGAUUGGGCUGUGAGAAGAUUUACUCCUUUUCCCCUAAACACCCACGUUAAUAAGUCAGCGGCUGGAGGAGCAGCUGUGUCCUGGGGGGGGCGGGCGGUGGCUGGAUGGGUUGGGGAAGUAGGAAGCUCUUUGCAUAGGCCAGUGCGAGGCAGAAGAAUUGAUCUGUACUCUCGCCAAAAAGCUUGGCUUUUCAGGACAGGGCUGGUAGAGAUCAGUUAAUUUCAGUUCAGUUUCUCAAAUGCCCCUUUCAAGUGUGUUGAGCACUUACUCUGUGGCAGGCAGGGCUACAUUCAGCCACCUCGAGGGGCUCUGACGCUGGAAGGAAAAGAUUGUGGAGCCUCUCUUUCCCCACAUAUAAUUAAAAAUAAAACAAUAUAUUAAGUCAUAAAGCAAGUGUAAGAAAAUAAAGAGAAGCAAAACCAAAGAACGUGCAUCGUCAGGCCAUUGCAGGAUCCAGCACUGUACCGCCAGCUCUGUGCCAGGUUCUGGGACGGAAGGUGACCACCGCCCU